AUGCGGCCCGUCGUAGCGAUCACGGUCGGGGCCGUCGCCGGUGCGGGCGUGACCGCGCUCCUCCUGCAAGGUCCGCACCUGCUCGGGUCCGGCCGCGGCGCGCGCGCGCAGCGGCGCGCUCGCAAGCGCAGUACUGACACCGAGGCCAGCGCGCACGCCGUCGCGGCGUUCGGGCUCCCGACGACGGAGCACGUCCGUUACUUCGAGAAGUUCGCCGUGGCGUGGGACCCGCGCUCCAGGAACCCGCGGUGGGUUCUGGAGAAGCUCGAAGGGUGGAACAGCGAGGAGCCUUACACGCCCAGCGGCGCGACGCGCGAGCGGUCGUCGUUCCGGGAGGACGAGGCGUUCGAGGAGCGGUUCCGGGCGCGGCUGGACGACUAUCGCGGCUCGGGGUACGACAGGGGCCACAUGGCUCCUGCAAUGAACCACAAGUCUUCGCAAAAGGACAUGGACGAGACGUUUUACCUCACGAAUGUCAGUCCUCAGGUCGGGGCGUUCAACCGGGAGUACUGGGGGCGCUUCGAGUGGUUCUGCCGGUGCCUCGCGCGCGACGGGCAGUACGAGGACGUGUACAUUCUCACGGGCCCGCUGUUUAUACCGAAAAAGUCCCCCGGGGGGAAGAAGUGGGAAAUGCGGUAUGAGUGCAUCGGGGACCCGCCGGCGAUGGUGCACGUCCCGACGCACUUCUUCAAGGCCGUGCUCGCGGUGCCGCGCGACGCGCGCGCGCCCGCGGGCGGCCGGCGCCCGGGGGGGGGUCGCAGGAGACACCCCCCCCUGCACGUGGCGGCGUUCGUGAUGCCGAACCAGGCGAUCGACCCCGCGACCCCGCUCGCGGCGUACAACGUCCCCCUCACGAGCCUCGAGACCGUCGCUGGCAUGAAGAUCUUCGAGGGCGCGCGCGAGGUGUACGACGGACGGGGGCGCGCGGCCAUCGAUGACGCAGGGCUGUCGUGGCAGCAGGCGGGCAAGCAGAUCGCCCGCGCGGCGAGGGUCGCGAUCGAGGACCCGGGCGUGCCCGCGGGCCGCAUCACGGACGCCGGGGACGGCGCGUCUUCGGAGCUGGCGUCGGCGGCGUCGCACCCGCCCCCUGCGUCAGCUGCGGAGCCCGGCGCGGACGCGGUGCGCGCGACGGACGUCGGCGCGGGCGGCACGCGCGGCGCCGAGGCCGGCGGGCUGUCGAAGGAGGCGCUGGAGGUGCUGUGGGCGCCGAAGACGGCGGACGGGGCGGGGGUCGUGCACCUGUGCGACGCUGUGCGGUGCGAGCUGCCGCCGCGGGACUUCUGGGUGCGGCCCGGGCGGAAGGACAAGAGGGAGAGCGGCGGGGGCGGAGCGUGA